AAACAACUGAUAACUGAUUCAGCGUCUAAGACUUCAACACAACACCUACUUGAAGCAAAUGCUCAGCAAGAAAAGGAUGAUCUGAAUGAAAUGAAAGUCAAGAUUUCAGAAAAACCUGAGCACAUUAGUAUUAACAUUGAAAAUUAUCAUGACUCUGAGUCUACAGUAAAAUAUGAGCGAGAUCUGCAAGAUCACAUGAACACCAGUUAUUCUAACUCUGAGGCAAAAGCAAAGCCCCCACAAACCAUGACAGGCGAAUCUACACCAGAUAUAGAAAUGAAGUCAUCUGAUAGGGAUUAUGAUCAGUCCAAAGCUAACAUUUCUUCUAGUAUAGCAGAAUCCAAUAUCCAGUCAGGAACAUCUACAAUUACUUCUAAUAAUAGUCUUGAAGAUACACCAUUGGGUGAAACACGUAACACUAAUUUAAAAAAAAACAAAAAAAAAAACAAGCAACCCAAAAAGGGUAAUCAUCAGUCUUCAGCACAAAUACGAGGCUACAGCGGAUUGAGGAAUCAAGGAGCCACAUGCUAUCUGAAUGCAGUGCUGCAAACACUCUUCAUGACACAGGAUUUCAGAGAAGCCAUCAUGAAGUUUGGGAUUUUUGACUUUCUAGAUCAUGACCGUUAA